CCCUCGUCCACGAAGCUCCGCUGUCAUCCGUCGCUUGCCGGCUCCAUUGCACAUUCCACGCUGACUGCUCGGUCCUCGCUCACCCCGUUCUCUGUGACCCAACGCAUCAUGCCCCGCGAAGCUAGCCACGGCGCGUUGGCCGGAUCAGCUCAGACGUGCUGACGGGGAAUGAGAAACCGGACUUAGGCUUUCGGGAGCCCAAGGGAUGACUGAUAGACGGCGUGACCGAAUUGGUUGGUGGAUGGUGGAUGCGGGGAAAGUCGCCAUGCCGGCGGCACCAGUGCAUGACCGACCAUGACCGAGACAUCAUGGCGCGUCAUCGGGCGACGACGUAGGUGGCAGGCAGUAUAAGAAGCUCUGCCGCUCAUGGCAACCGCGAGCACUCUCACACCUGCCUCACAUCAAAAGCAAGUAGUCACAAUGCCCCCCAUCAAAGUCCUCAUCUUCGGUGUCACUGGCCAACAGGGCGGUUCAGUGGCCAAGUAUCUUCUUGAGGACGGCCCGGAGAAGUUCAAGCUGUCGGGCCUGACGCGCAACACGAGUAGCAAGCAUGCGCAGGCGCUGGCAGCACAGGGCGUCGAGAUGAUACAGGGCGACCUCGAUGACCCGGCCAGCUACGAUGCGGCGCUCAAGAACGCCGACGCCGUAUUCCUCAACACCAACUGGUGGCAAUGGUACGAUGGCACCAACCCCGACGAGUGCACGCAGAAGGAGGGCAAGCAGGCAAUGGACGUGGUCGACGUCUGCCACAAGUACGGCAACAAGCAACUGGUAUACAGCUCGCUCGAAUCGUUCGAUAUCAAUGGCCAGAAGGUGCCGCACACCGAGAGCAAGACGUAUAUCCGCGAACACAUCGAGAAAGUCGGCCUCCCUACCGUCUACGUCAACGCAACCUACUACAUGUCCAACGUCCUGGGCUACCCGACUGAGGAGAAGGCGGACGGCACCAUUGUUCUAAAGUGCCCCCUCCCGGACCAGAGCACUAUCCCGCAGGUGCCGAUCGAGCAGCUGGGACUCUGGGUCCGCCUUGCCCUGCGCGACUGGAACGCGUGGAAGGGUAAGACGAUUGACUGCGUCACCGACAAGCUCUCGGUUAAGCGGAUCACCGAAGUCCUCUCUGAGGUCACCGGCAAGAAGUUUGACACGAUGCACGUCACUCUUGAGUGGUUUGAGAGCGACGAGGCCCGUGCUCCUAACCCCGAGAUGCACCUCAACUCGUACGUGUUCGUCAAGGACCUCAUCGACCCGCCUAUUAAGCAGUCGCGUGGCCUCGUCGAAGGCUCGUGGGACUUCGGGGAGUGGUGCCUUCACGCUGGAGGCGUAGAAAAGAAGUGGAGUCUCAAGAAGUAAUCGUACUGCCAUCGCAUGAUGUAUUUAUUCUGGUGUGCGCGGCAUGGCGGUG